UAUAUUUAUUUUCAGUUAUUAUUUACUAAGUUUAGAUAGAUCUAUAAUAUGGAAUUUAUUUUACGUUUCACUUUUGUCAUCUUUACGUCAAUGACGUUAGUAACCACGACAUCCCCGUGUCAACACUAUCUAUUGGGGCAAUCAGGAAACGUUACAUUUCCAAAUGAUUUACAACAGACAGUUUUGCAAUCAUUUUACACGGACGGAUUGAACCUCACUGCAAAAUGCGUUUACGCUAAAAAUAUCAACAUGAAAUCGCUGGCUCUCACCUUCAAGGACAUUGUAAUAGAAGCGCCCGGAAUAAAAAUCGAGACAAUCAAAAAGAACUUGAAAUCACCAUGGGAAACAUACCGGGAAUUAACAGGAAAUUUGCCGGAAAUAGUGAUCGAAAUCCGCGGCGUAAAGUAUCUUAAAAUCGUGGUACAGAAAAAUGCAGGGUCGUUUAUACUGGACUACAAAGUUGAAAAAACGCCAGAUAUCAAAUGCAGAGCACUGCCCGACAAAGUCAAAACCAUCAAAUGCUCUAAAAGUCGCAAAGCAGGAUCGAAAUGCACUUUGACGUGUCGGGAUGGAUUCGUUCAUCAUGAGUUUAUUAAUAUGAAGACAGAAUCGGAAUUUGGAGUUAUUUGCAGAAAAAUAAGUCGAAGAUCAGCAAUCUGGCAACCUUCAUUAGAUAAGACUUUGUGCCGGAAUGGAAGAAAGAUUAAGAAAGAAUGCAAAAAGAUAAAGUUCUGCGUUCCUGUACCAGAGACCACAUCACUUGUAUUUAUGAACAAUAUAAACGAAGAAACAACAACGAAGAUGAACAAAACAGAGACUGUGACAUCACCAUCCAUGGUAGAAACAACAAAGACAAACCAAACAGAUACUGUGAAAUCACCAACCACUAUAGAGACAACAAAGACAAAUAAAACAGAGACUGUGACAUCGCCAUCCACGGAGGAGACAACAAAACAAAUUAAACCGGAUACUACUAUAAAAUUGACUCCUUCCACCACAGAAGAAUUUAAUUGGUUGCUGAUAAAACCUAUAGCUCGCAACACACAAACUCCAACCCAGUCAAAACAGCAAAAUCGAAAUACCGAACCAGCGUUACCGGGGCAACCUAUUUCAACAAGAAACCCAAAUCCAGCAAUAAUAAAAGUGCUAACGCGAAAUGAAGACGGAGCAAAGCUCACCCCAUUGACAGAUAUGAAUAAAAAUACAACAAUAUUUUUAUCGAAAGAAAUUGAACCAACGCCUCCGACACACCUCUACCCGACUCACUCCGAAUCAAACAUUGUGUCGAAACAUACAGAGCCAACCCCCCCGUCACACCUAUAUCCAGAUGUGCAAUGGAUGAAUGUAAUAGAACAUACAACCACUUUUCCACCAGCUACUACUCCGACCACCACAACAACCACUCCGACUACCACAACAACCACUCCGACUACCACAUCAACCAUUCCGACUACCUCUACAACCACUCUGACUACCACAACAACCACUUCGACCACUACAAGAACGACUCCGACUACCACAUCAACCACUCCGACUACUACUACAACCACUCCGACUACCACAACAACCACUCCGACUACCACUACAACCACUCCGACUACCACAACAACCACUCCUACUACCACUACAACCACUCCGACUACCACAACAACCACUCCUACUACCACAACAACUACUCCGACUACCACAACAACCACUCCGACUACUACGAGAACGACUCCAGCCACCAGCACUGUCACAACAAUGCGAGCAACUGAAUCUACUUCAGCUAGCACAACUACCGCAACCACCAGAACUACGACGGCUACGCUUACAACUAAAGUCAACACACCUAGGGUCAGUAUGCAGAUUAUUCUCUUCCCUCCGUUGACGAUUAAAUAUUGCAAACGAUUCUGCAAAAGGAAGAGAUACACCAUGGACUACGCUCAUUCCUGCGGAUAUUUUAAAGGUAUCGGGAAGAAAGAAUUCUGCAUGAUGUGCCGGUACUCACAGUUCAAACCUUGCAAACAGUAUUCACAUUUUGUAUGAAAGAGAAACAGCAGAUACUAUUUCAAUCUGGGCAGGGAAGUCAAAGAAAUUUUACGCUAAACUCCGAGCAAUUAAAAAAGGUUUCUGCGCUAGGUUACUCCGAUUCCCGACUCAAAGUAAAAGAGGAAUUCAACAUCAGUUCAAGCUCCCAACUCCGAGAAGACCUAACCUCUACGGUUUCAUAUGACUCAUAAACAAUGUAAAAAUGAAAAGAAAUAGCCUCUUAGCCUUUUGUCCCAUCUUUGAGUACUGGAAAUAUGAACUCGAUUGCUUCAUUAGUUGCAGGGGAACAACAAUUUAACAAAAUGAUCAAUAGGCUUUGUUCGUGUCCUACAAUAUGACAAACUAUGCGACCUCUACUCCGGGGUUAUCGUCGGAUGAAUAAGCUGGCAACGACGAUGGUAUAAUUAAUAUAACGUUGCCCAUAACAGGCCCGUGCUUCCCAAUUUUUGUCGGUUAAAAAAUUCCUUGUUCUGCGUAUUUUGGAAAUCUUUAUUUCCAAUCCUCCCUCACUAAGCAUGGAAUCCUGUUAUUGUUAUUUGUGCGAUCUUGAUAGGUCUGCAGCCAGUUUUACACACAACUCCCACUUUGGUACACCAAAACAUGCAUCACAAUAUUAUUAAAUAUAUUUGUUAAACUACACAAAUUGAUAAUUAUUCUGAAUAACAUCAAAAUUCCACCCCGGUUAGGAAACGUUGCCCUACGCCAGCGACCGGCAACCUGUGAUCGGGUCCAAAUUGUUCUCGGAGUUCUGGCUCCUGUAAGUCAAAGCAUAAACAACAGCUUAUUAGGAGCAGUAUGGAUUCAAUGGAAAUGUCGACAUAAACCAGAUACACUUCACCAAUUACGCAUCACACCGGUUCCCAAAGUAUAAGUCGAGAGCGGUAAAAAUAGGUCGCAAGUCUGUCAAAACACUUUUAAGUGAGAACUAGAUUCAUGAGUUACUAAAGGUUGCCGACCCGUGCCUAGGUCAGGGCUACUCAACUAUUUUUACCAAAUAUCCGCAUACAAAACUUAAAAUUAUUUGAGUCCGAUUUUUCCAGAAAUUAUACUUCGGCAUCCUUAA